AUGUCCGCCAAAGUCGCCCUGGUCACAGCCUCGUCGGCAGGCCUUGGCGCCGCCACGGUCAAGGCUCUGGCCCCUUACUUCCGCGUGGUGGUCAACUACCACUCGCGGCAGGAGAAGGCCGACCAGGUGAUCAAGGAGGCCUCGGCGAUUCAGCCCACGUACAGCACGCAGCAGGGCCAGCCGCGCUUCCACGCCAUCCGGGCCGACGUCUCCAAGCGCAGCGAGAUCGAGCGCCUGGUGCACGAGACGGUCGCGCAGAUGGGCCGGCUCGACGUCGUGGUCAGCAACGCGGGCUGGACGCGGCUGACCGACUUUAUGGACCUGGAGCAGCAGAUCGUCGAGGACGACUGGGACCGCUGCUUCAACGUCAACGUCAAGAGCCACCUGUGGCUCCUCUACGCCGCGAAGCCGCACCUCGAGAAGACGGCCGACUCGGACGAGCGCGUCGGCGGCGCCUUCGUCACCGUCGCCAGUCUCGCUGGCGUCCGUCCCAGCGGGAGCUCCCUGGCGUACAGUGUCACCAAGGCGGCAGAGCUUCAUCUCACAAAGGGUCUGGCCAUGAUUUGCGGCAAAAAGGUCCGGUGUAAUAGUGUUAGUCCAGGACUCAUGAUGACCGAAUGGGGCAACCAAUUCCCCGAGUCAAAGGUCAAGGCUACAGUCGACAAGGCCGCCUUGAAAUCGACGGCUACCCCGGAGGAUGUCGCCGACCAGAUCAAGACGCUGGUGCUGAGCAAGUCUAUUACGGGCCAGAAUAUCGUCAUGGAUUGUGGUAUUGCGAUAUGA